CACUGAAGUGUAUCCUGUUAAAACUGGGACGAUAUAGUUACAUUUUAGUAAACAGGAAGGUACAAACUGUGUAAAAUAGAUAGUAUCGGAAUGGGGUUUAUGUUAGAAACAUAUUAUCUUCUUCUAUGGAUUUUAAUUGACGCAGAUGCUACAUUUAUAACGGAAUAUAAGACAACAUGGAAUACAGCCAUAGACAAUUGUACAAUGAAAACUCCUACAAUUAUGUUUGAGGGCAAAGAGGCUGAUUUACCCGUUAAGUAUGAUUUAGCGGACAACGUUGAUGUUUGGGUAGGAUACUAUUUAGCAGCUGCAUCAUUCCUUUACAUUGGUUGUUUGCAUGUGGAAAGUAUGAGUGUAAAAGCCGAAUUUGACCAUAACACUCCAGGCCUGUGCUAUUCAGCUUGCAUGAAGAAAGGCUUGGUAGGCAUUAGCCAGAAAAAAUGCUUCUGUUUGAAUGAUGCUAGUCAAUCAGAUAUUUUCAACAAAGAAUGUGACAAAGGAUGUGAGGAUCAAAAUAAUAUUGCUUGUGGUGGUGCUAAAUAUAUGUCAAUCUACAGAAUCGAAUCUGCAGCAGAAUUAUACGGUCGAAAUAAAGGAUGUCUACUCUUUCAAACAAACAUUGAAGGACCGAAUUCAAAAUGGUCAGAGUGUGGAACAACUAACGGUGUCAUGUGUACAUUAAAUAAUGGCAGCGUUCAAAAUGCACUUAAUAAUGAAGGAAACAUUCACUACAAAAGUUGGAGAGAAUCAAUGCAAAUUUGUUUCGAUCUCAAAAGGGUUCCUGCAUCGAUUGACGCCAUGGGAGGAAUAAAGAUAUCAACACCAUCAUGGACUGGAUUGAUAACAAGUGAUGUUAUAUUUAGCAAUGAUGCAGCAGUCACUUCGAAUGUAUAUAAAAGGUUUGGAUACCUUCAUAAAAAGAAAAACGGUGAAACUGUCUUAAAAUUUGGAGACAAUUACAAAGAAAAAAGGAUUCUUUGUACAAAUGGAACAUUAACCAACAAAACUAUAGAAGAUACCAAUGGCUCAGAUGUCGGAGUAGCCGUGGGAAUGUCCGUGAUGGUGGUUUUAGUUAUAGUAGCGAUUGUCAUAGGAAUUUUUGUUUUAAAUAGAAGAGGUCAUCUUCCAGGUAUUUGUUAUAACAUUGCAACGCCCAAAAGGAAGUUACAAACGCAAAAUGUAUCUGUUGUUCCCAAUACUGCCUACGAAGCUCCUUCUGAUUAUCCUUACAAUGAGAUAGAUGAAACAGUUUUGCAAAGGAGCAUUGAUACACCAGAUAACUUCGAUAAAGACAACGGAAAUUAUGCGCACACUUAUUUUAUUUUGGAAGGCCAGGAAUCGGAUCCCAAAAAAGAAAAUGACAUUGCAAUGUCCAGACCUGAAGAGACUGGCAACGAGUACAACACCUUGCGUUUUAAUUUAAAGCAGGGAAAUAAUACUAAUCAUGCAUAUGACACGACAGAGAAAGCAGUUAAAAGACCGAAAGAUGAACAUGAUAAAAGCAUUGAUGGUAUAAGAGGUAACUUGUUUGACGACAUGGAGGAAGAUGAUUACAACCACAUCAGUGGUGAAGCUCUGAAGAACAAAAGAACAGAUAAUGUCUACGGUAUACAGACUGCUGAUGAAAAUGAGUAUGGAGGUGUCAGUACAAGUAAUGAAAAUGAUUUUCAGGGAGAAGGGGACACCUAUAGUCAUAUACAUGCUUAAUAUUCAGAUUAUAAUGAAAGGUUAUGAGUUAAUAAGUGUAUUGAAUACCUUUUUGCUUUGUUUUUCUUUGAAUUUCAAAGUCUGGUACAAUCUUUGUAUACGCUUGUAGUAUAUGAAAAUGUUACAAUUUUAACGGUUUAAGUUUUGAAAUAGCUUUGCAAAAUCUAUUUAACUGUUCGAUUUGUCGAUUGAUAUGCCAUUUAGAAUGCCAUAUGUUCAUUUUAAGAAAUAAAUAAAGUGUAUUGAAUAACCCAUGUCUUGUAACUGAACUUGAACAGGUCAUCAUGGAUAGGUUAUGAAGACAUGUCA